GCCCCCCAUCGCGUAAUCCCCACGACGCUGCUCGCCAUUGUAGCGCAAACCUCUGUACUUCCCGGAUUGCACUCGGUCGCCGAGACACUGGGCCACGAUGCGUCUUCGAGUCUUCGCGCCGUGUCUCACCCGGACCCUCACUCGGCCAACGACCCAGUGCGUCUCGCAUGGCCGAUAUGCGUGGACAGCGCAGAUAUCCAGCGAGGCGGCCACGACAGGGCUCAACCCGCGAUGGCUCACAGAGGUGCAAAAGCGGAUUGGGAAGUGUAUAAUGUUUGGGCUACGGCCGGAGCAGACAUCGGAGGCGGGGUUGAUACUACAAGAGCUGGCUACGGACUGGAGGGAGUUGGUUGCUGGGAGCGAAGGCUUCCUUACAGGCAAGGGCCGGACAGGCCUCCACCGACAGAAGGUGGUGUGGGGAGAAAUGGAUAGUAUGGGACACGUGAACAACGUUACGUAUAAUCGAUACGCAGAGUCGGCACGCAUUCAAUGGGCGCUCAAUUUCGCCAACUCCAUCGAUCCAGAUCGUAAGCACGAGUGGAGCCAACUAUGGACAAACCGGGGCACCGGGCUCAUCCUGCGUAGCAUCCGAACGGACUAUAAAUUUCCCAUGGAAUGGCCAGAUCAUGUAACCGUCCUGCAUAAACUGCGGUCCAUGCCAACGCCGGAUACCGACCACUUCAUCCUCGACGUGGUAAUUCUCUCGGAGCUGCAUCGGCGGCCCGCAGCGAGAUGCGUGGAGGACAUUGUGGUGUACGACUACAAGAAGGGUAAGAAGGCAACGCUACAGACCUUCAUGGUGGACAAGUUCCGCGAGACGUUCGAGUUGCAGGAGCAGGCGAAGGCGAAGUACGGCAGCCGGGUGCUCGACAUGCUGCAGCGAGUCGAGUUGCUGGAGAAGAGCAGUUGGGAUAGAGCAGAUGCCAAGGAGGAUCUAGGCAGCGCGCAGUCAACGCCAUAACGUCUUACCUUAUCGUCGACUUGCCCGCUUCUGCCCUGCGCGCCAGGGAUGCAAACUGAGUUGAUCGACAUGCAUUCCCGUUGCGCGCGUGACCGAUUCGCUGUUUCAAGCUCGCGUGAGGCCGUUGUGAUUGGCCUCUCCGCCGAAAAGACCCAUGGGAAGGGGUGGAGACGCAGAAAAGCUCCGGAAUCCUUUUGUAACAAGCGACGCAGAAGUCCUCUCACUCGACCACGGGCCUCUCGUUGCGGCCGGAGAUUGCCAGGAG